AUGCAGAAUAAUGCCAAUCGGUAUGUUUUGCUGGAUGACUGUACAAGCAAUUAAAAUGAAAUCACCUGAAAAAAUUCUUGGUCAAUUGGGGUGGUUUUUUGGCACAGUAUUUCUGACAUAUGGGUCCAUUUGGUUUAUAUUUUAUCCAACAAUAUAUUUUUUAAUAAUACGCAAGAAUUGUUUCAAAAUGAAUUUCAAUAUUAUUCCUGCUCAAAUUAUAGCUUUUGGAUCAUCAUCGAGCGCACUAACACUACCGGUUACUAUGAAAUGUAUGGAAGAGAAAAACCAUCUAUCACAAACUGUGUCGCAGUUUGUAUUACCCCUGGCAAUGACCAUGCACAUGCCCGGUGCGGCCACUUAUUACCCCAUGGUUAGUCUGUUUGUGGCACAAAUGCACGGCAUGACCAUCACGUUUCAGAUGACAAUCAGCUUGGUCUGUGGUGGGCCUGAAAUAGUAUCUGCCGCCCGAUCGCAGAUAGGGGUGCCGUACAGUUGGGGUGGCGGCAGUUGGAAAGGCAAGUCGUACGGCAUUGGCAAAGGGGCGCAUACUAUAGGCUUUGAUUGCUCGGGUCUGGCCCAGUACGCCGUGUACAAGGGUACGGGCAAAAUUAUCCAGCGCGUUGCCGACGCUCAAUACGCCGAUGGUAAAUGCAGCAAGGUCGCCUACUCG